UCGGUCGUGGGGCGCCCCGAACCCCCGUGAGCCGUGAGCCGAGCGAUGGGUCCCGUGGUGCUGGUUCGCGCGGUUCUCGCCGACGAUGCCACGCGCGCGGCGCUCUCGGCGCACGCCGGAGUCGCCGUCGCGUUCGCGAUAUACGGGCUCGUCGCGUGGCUCAACGUCGACAGUUGGAGAUCGCACGAUCAGUUCUUCGUGGAGCGCGACCCGUCGCUGUCUUACCCUUACCUGGACUCCACGGUGUCCAACGAGGCGCUCGCGGCGUUGUCAACGCUCCUGCCGCUCGCGUGCAUCGUCCUGGCGGUGUCAGCGCGGGUGAAGCUCUCUCCCACGAAAGUUGGGCACGCCCCUGGUUCGGUGGGGCUUCCCGGACCGUUAAGUGAGGAUGCCGACCCUAAAUCCGAUCCGGUCUUCGCGAGUCGCGUGGACGCCGUCCGCGCGUUGAUGUUUGAGAUCGUCUGCUACUGCCAGGCCUUGGCGCUCACCAUGGGAACGUACAACGCGCUCAAGUCGUUCGUCGGUCGCCUCAGGCCAAACUUCUUCGCGGCGUGCGACUACAAGGGAUACAAGCACGCGAUGUCAACCGGGAACUACACGGAUUACCUCGCCGCCACCACGCCGGGCGCGCCGGGAGAUUUAACCCACUGCCGCGCGGCGCGGGCGGACGUCGACGAGGCGUCGCUGUCGUUCCCGUCGGGACACGCGGGCCUGUCCUUCGUCGCGAUGACCUGGUCCACGAUGGCGCUCAUCCGCGCGUUAUCAGUCGAACGACGCUAUUUGGGUAAAACAAUCGGCGCGUCGUCGACGGAUGUUUUCCGGUCGUCGACAAACAUGGCGCCCGUCGUAUCGGCAGCUCGGGCGGCGGCGUGUCUUCCGAUGGCUUACGCGACGUACGUGGCGUGCACGCGCGUCGUGGACUACAAGCACCGUCCCGCGGAUGUCAUCGCGGGCGCUUUGAUCGGUGCGGUGUUCGCGUGGGCGUGCGCGCCGCGACAUCUUUCGGGGUGGGGCGUCCGACUCGCAAAGCCGGCGGACGAGACGAACCGGCGACCGGUUUGACGUGGACGAUGUGAUGCCAACAAGACGUGUACCAGUACGAUUCUAAUUUGUCUAAUCUUAAUUAUACGAUGUG